UGAAGACAAGGAGGCUGAAUCCAUGUAGACUUACAGUUACUCAAUAAAAGCACGAAGAAAACAUGUAGCAGUGAAGGAAGCAGUUAGAUUCCUGGGGUUCUUUGCACUAAAGCUCAUCCUAAACACCUUUGUACUAACGUUUAGAGGCACUAAGGCCGCCUGGUUUCAUUUAUCUUAGGCUGUUGGGAGGGGCUUUUAUUUUGAAAGAGUCCGGAAGUGCCAGCCAGUGAUGACUUCCUGUUUGAUCACCGUCUUUCCCGGUUGGUCAGCUGAUCGUGGGCCGGUCUGCUGACUGUCAAACGCCCGACCUCAUCGCCGCUAAACCGCGCUCCCCCAGGCCGUCUGUGGCCCCCAGAGUUCCCGCUGCCGGAGCUCGAGGUCCAACCUACUUCCGGUACCGGCCCCGCCGGAUUUCUGGCUCUUUCGUGACGGACUCUACAGAACCCCCCGGUGUCCUGCCCGACCACACACGGAGCCCGAACGAGCUGUGGCGGCCGUCCGCUGCGCCAUGGCCCCGCUGGAGCUGGCCAUGCAGGGCCUCGCCGUGUUCGGCCUCGUGCUCUUCCUCGUGCUCUGGCUCAUGCACCUGAUGUCCAUCAUUUACGUACGCCUACACCUUCACAAGAAGAGGUCAGAGGUCAAACAGCCGUUUGCUCAGCUGGCAGGAGUUUCUCUGCUGAAGCCUCUGAAGGGGGUCGACCCGAACCUGAUCUCCAACCUGGAGACCUUCUUCACUCUGGAUUACCCAAAGUACGAGAUCCUGCUGUGCGUUCAGGACCAGGAUGAUCCAGCUGUAGACGUCUGUAAGAAGCUGCUGGGGAAGUACCCCAAUGUGGACGCGCGCCUGUUCAUCGGAGGGAAGAAGGUUGGUAUCAACCCAAAGAUCAACAACCUGAUGCCGGGUUACGAAGGUGCCAAGUACCAGCUGGUGUGGAUCUGUGACAGCGGGAUCCGAGUGAAACCUGACACCCUGACAGACCUGGCCAAUCAGAUGACGGAGAAAGUAGGGCUUGUCCACGGACUGCCAUACGUUGCUGACCGUCAAGGCUUCGCCGCCACUCUUGAGCAGGUCUACUUCGGGACGUCCCACCCCCGCUCAUACAUCUCAGCCAAUGUGACGGGGAUCAAGUGUGUAACAGGAAUGUCGUGCCUCAUGAGGAAGGACGUGCUGGACCAGGCCGGCGGGCUGAUCGCCUUCGCUCAGUACAUCGCAGAGGAUUACUUCAUGGCCAAAGCUAUCGCAGACAGAGGCUGGAAGUUCUCCAUGGCGACACAGGUGGCGCUGCAGAACUCUGGCUCAUACUCCAUCGGUCAGUUCCAGUCACGUAUGAUCAGGUGGACCAAGCUGAGGAUCAACAUGCUGCCUGGAACCGUGCUGGAGCCCGUCUCCGAGUGCUUCCUCGCCAGCCUCAUCAUCGGCUGGGCCGCCCAUCAUGUCUUCAGGUGGGACAUGAUGGUCUUCUUCAUGUGUCACUGCCUAGCCUGGUUCAUCGCCGACUACAUCCAGCUGACCGGAGUGCAGGGCGGCCCCCUGAAUUUCUCCAAGUUGGACUUCGCUGUGGCCUGGUUCAUCCGGGAGUCCAUGGCCGUGCAGAUCUUCCUGUCGGCUCUGUGGGACCCCACCAUCAGCUGGAGGACGGGCCGGUACCGGCUGCGCUGCGGCGGCACCGCCGAGGAGAUCCUGGACGUGUAGCUGCUCCGGCGGCGUACCGCUGCUCCGGCGUACCGCCGUCCUGCAGGAACAGGCUGGUUUCUUUUGUCGAGGAAAACCAAAGGAGUGAGUGCGAGCAUGAGUCUGUGUUUUUUACCUAUUUAUAUUUCUUUUGGUGCUAUGAAAAAAACAGCAGGCCACACCCA